AGUCGACUAUUUGGUUUAUUAGUUUGGAUUUUUGAUCAGGGUUACGUAUGCGCUUCUAAUGCAGAGCCUCCAUUUUGAAGAGUUUAAAUGAUGCCGAUGUUUUGGAUUUCUUUUUCAAAAGCGCCAAGUUUAUUUUGGUAAAGAUUAGUUGUUGGUGAAUUCUACAUGUCAAACUUCUGUCCUGUGACUUGCAAGUUAAAGACAGUGUCCAUCUUAAUGAUCCCAUCGAACCUACAGCUACAAACUGUCAAUCAUCUAUAAAUUGAUAAACUCUUAAAAGUUCGGCCCCUCAAACAAAACGUCUGAAAUAUUGCUGAAUGUGCAAUCAUUGCCAGUGGUCAUGGUAUGAUAAAUGAAAUUUGCAUUCUUAAUUUGGUUUAGAACAAAAUUGAUGUGGAGUACAUGAUAAUCUCGGAAAAUUUAAGCAUUAAUCAUAAAUAUCCGUUUAACUUCUUUUAAAAAAAAAAAAUUUCACCUUCGUACGGGUAGUUUCCACGGGCAUUUAAUUUGUUUACGUUUACGUAUAAAGCCAUAUUAUGUGUUAUAUACGUUUCUGCGUUAAUACAAAUAUAAUGGCCCUGAUAAUAAGAAGUCACAUCCGAUCGCGACUCAUUGUAUUUGUUUCUGUCAAUGAAAAUGGUCUCAAUAAUAAGAAGUCACACACUACUCCUUUUUUUCAUUGAAUUUACACGAGCAUGGAAUUUAACCUAUUUUUUUGUUGGCCAUUUUCUGGCCCGAAAAUGAUCUCUGUGUUUUCUAGGUCUGUAAUUUGUCUAUCUAUUUUAUAAUAACAGGCCUAAUUCCUAAAUGUAUUUAUCAAAACCUUUUGAUAUCAACACACACUAAUGUACAUGGUGCAUUAUUAUGAAAAAUAAGAGUGUUUCUUUCAUCAGAAGCUUUAUUUAUUUGACUAACCAACAAACAAAACAGUAAUUUGGCAACAAUAUGUACAUGUGUUACGUUUUUAUUUCUCCAUGCACAAACUCAACUUAAAUAUUGAUCACAUGUAUAAUACAAUAAGUCAUUAAGAAUCGGAAAGUAAAAAAUUAAUUCUUCACCUGUGAUCUCACUAAUUCUUGACCUAUGAUCUCACUAGAUUUUAUUUUACAGAGACUACAUAAUUCAGAGAACAUAAAAAGAUUUUAAAAUAAGUUUAAGAUUUUUUUCCCCCAAAUAGCUGCAAAUGAAGGGAAGUAUCAUAUGAAAUUAGGAAAUUACAGCUACAAUUCUUCAGGAAAAAUGGGUUAUUACAGGGCCUAAGAAUUGGAGAAAUGAAAUUGGACAAGUCAAGUCAGGAUUCACACCAUGGAAGACCUCUGAACCAAUUUCUACCUGUUAUAAUCCUAUCUGAUAUACUAUAAUCGCUAAAUUUUACUUUAAUAUUAUGACCAAAUUUGAAUGUUUUUGAUUUUUUCCCUUUAUUUAUUCAGAACAAAAAUGAAACCUCAAGGGAUAGGGAAAAGUCCAAAGAAAUGGGGGAAACAGAAGCUGAACAAAUCUCCACCCCCAAAAGGUGUUCAGACGAUAACAGCCAUGUUCAAACAGCAGUCUGCUGGUGUGUCCAGGGGAUCUACAAGCAUGUCUUCCAACAUAGGACAAGAUCAUUCCAGUGAUAACUCCGAUUCGGAUGAUGUAACCGUAGUUAAAGUGGAAAGUCAAUAUUUUGAAAAGUCUGGAAAAAAUGAUGACUCCGAAAUGUCUAUUCCAGAAUCAACGUCUCCAUUCUUUAAAAAAAAGAGAAGCUCUUCAAGAUUACGCCUUAAGCAAUCUGUUUCAAAGAAAUUACUUGAAGAUGAAGUUGUGAAAGUUGACAGUGAAAUAAAAGCUGAAACAGCUGACAAUGAGGAAUCUCCAUCACAGAAAGAAAACACUUGUAACGUAAACUCUGAUAAUGGGGAAUCAUCUCUAAAAGUCGGAAGGUCUAUACGGUUGUCUCUCGGGAAAAGGAAGUUAUCAGAGGAUCUGGAAGAUUUUGUAACCGAAGAUAAAAAGAAAAGAAAUGAGACGAAAUUGCUGAAAAAGCAAAUAAUGAACAAAUCUGAAAGACAGAGCAGUACAUCUGUAGAUCAUCAUAAAAGUAAAGCGCCGCAUAAAAUCAGAAAAGUUGAGUCCUCAAAGAGUGUGAAAUGUUCUAGCAGGACUGAAGAUGGAACGACUCGUGAUACAAAUGUUCAGAGGUGUAUGAGGGAUACAGAAGUAAAGGAUGCAUCGAAACAUGCAUGUGCAAGUGGUUCUGAAAAUAAAACUUCGUCAAAAGAACUAACUGUGGCUACAGUGGAGCCCAUUUCUCCAUCUACAUCUUGUGAAUCACUAUUAAAACAGUCAGACUGUCAUGAUCAUAGCCAAAUCAAACAGAACAUUUCCGAAAAGCAAAUUCAAAUCAAGAAAACUAAAAUGUCCAACAGUAGAAGAGAUCCAAAGUUAGAUAUUAAGGAGUGCCAAACACAAGAUUCUCAGUCAAUAGGAACUGUGAGAGUUCACAGUCAGAGUGAAAGUCAGAUGGAAAACAGUAAGACGACUGACAGCCAGACGAUGGACAGCCAGACAGUGGACAGCCAGACAACAGACAGUCAGACAGAGAGUGUGGGAGAGGACUUGAAGGAGAAGUACAAAACACCAUACUACCAUGAAAACUUUAAAGUGAUCAUGACAACAGUACUGGGAGAGUCGGACUAUCAACAACUUUUCAAUGAAGAAGAUAUGAAGUUUAUUGGAGAAUUUCAAACAUGCUCGGAAUCUGCCCAGAAGUUGUAUAUCCGUCUGUUCUCCAGAAAGUUGACAUGGCUACCAUUGACCAGAAUAAAAUAUCCAGAAAUUGAGGAUGAUCUGACACCAGUUGUGACGGAACUGGCCCAACAUCAACUUGUUCAGACAGCUGAGGGUCUGACUGACCUUCAGGUGACUUUGAACAUCUUAUCUGCGGGAGAUUUGAAAACUUUGGCUAAAACCUAUCACAUCAAUGUGACCAAUCAGAACAAGCCUGACAUAAUACAGCUGUUGAUCAAGAAGAGUAGACAGAGCACGAUCGGCUCCAUGUUCAAGGUGGCAGGCUGCGGGGGUUCCAGUACCAUGCUUAACAGAGCUAAGAAGUUACUGGGUUGCUGUCUACACUUGAUGGAAGAGCCAAGAACCGUGUUCCUUAGGAUGUUGAUGCUGUUCUCUUUGAAUGACACAAUUCUUGAUGAAGACAACGGUACCGGUAGUCAAGGACAACAACUGUUUCAGAUGCUGCAAGUUAACAUAGGAAGAUUGGUGUAUCCAGGUUACAAAGUGAACAAGAGCACCAGUAUAUUCGGGGACAGAGAUACUUUCCUCAGAUUUGCCACUGCUGUAACAAUGGAGAGUGAUAUCCUCACCAGACUAGAGAAAAAGGAUUUUGAUCGAGCGUUUGAUAUAUACCAGUCAGCAGAGAAACAGUAUGACAAACAGUUACAGGAUCAAGCCAUUCAAAGUCAUGAUGAAAGUCUGCCAGUUUUCCUCCGGUCCUACACGGCAUGUGGUGUGUUUGUAAGAGUGCUGAACCAGGGGGUGGAGAUACUACAGCGUCGGAAGGAUUACACGCAGGCAGUCCAACUCCUCGAAAAACUGCUGAGUCAGCAGAUCUACUGCGUAACUUAUCGUGGCCACUGGUGGGAACGUCUUGCCAUAAACUACGACGCUCACCUCAAACAGCCAGCUAAGGCACUAAAGUGUAUUGGAGAAGGCCUAGAAGACGAGUACCUCCGUACAGGACACAGACUGGCCGUGUUCCAAAGGGCCGAGAAAAUCUGUACAGCUCCAAAGUCAAAGUUUAAAGACCAGCUGCUCAACUUUCACCAUGAACCUGUCUUAGACUACCCUGAGGUGUUCCUGGACGGUAAAGUGCUACCAGACAACGUACCUGGAGCAAGGUUUCGGUUCCUGAUGUCCACUCCAGGGUCAGAGGGGGACCCUGAUGACCUGACGUUUUGUGGAGUGGAGCAACUUGUAAUGGAGCACUAUCGUCAAAACGGUUACACAGAUGGUUUACAUGCCGAGGGUUCUACAGUAAGCAGUCUAUUUACACUGUUUUUCUGGGAUAUGAUCUACCGUGACAUUCCGGAUGCCUUUCACUCCAACUUCCAAGUUAUGCCCCUUGACUUUCACAGUGACCACUUCUACUCCAGUCGCCAGGACAAGAUUGACCAGCGCUUGGACACACUGAGACACAGCUCUGUGGAGGAGCUUCACCAGAUGGUGUCCGAUGUCUGGGAACAACAUGAGGGAGAGAUGUGUGGCAUGAGCUGGGACCGUUUCUCAGGUGUUGACCAUGCAAAGGGUCUGGUGUCCUGUUUUGGUGGGAAGGUGAUCGCGGGUAUCCUCGAGAGGUAUGCUUGUAACCCUCGUCAGACCAGGGGUGGAUUCCCAGACCUGACCCUGUGGAACACUGAUAAUAAAACUGUCAAGAUCUGUGAAGUGAAGGGUCCUGGAGAUCGCCUUUCUCACAAACAGAUUUUGUGGCUGAGUUACCUGAUCAGUCUAGGGGUAGACACGGAGGUUUGCUAUGUCAAAGCCGUGAGUACCAAGAAGCUGAAACAUUAGUAAUAGUGGAAAAGACCGGUUUGACAGUUUUGGACAUUUAAAGUAUACUGUCUGUGAUAAAUACAAUCUCAAUGUCAUAUUACAGUACUGUCUGUGUGAUAACUACGAUUUCAAGGUCAUAUGACAGUGCUGUUUAAUAAGUACAAUUAUCAUCUUUUUACUACUUGAUAACAUUAUCAUGGGUUGUUAGUAUGAGAAUACUCCAGAAGUUGAGAAAGACUUGAGGAUGGAUUUUCUCAAACCUAAAUAAAUUGUGUUUCCUAUAUAUUUUUUCAUUUCCCUGGCAUUUAUAGUGAUGUUUUUGUAACUUUCAUAAAAUGGGGAGGUGCAUGUUGGGAUGAGGAUUUAUUUUGCUGCCAAUGAUUAUCUUAUUUGACUCGUUCAGUUGUCAUUGUGUUAAUUCUUGGUUAGAUUUUGCUGAAACCUCAUAUGUAUGUACCAGUAUGUGUUCAGUACAAUGUCACUUCAAAAGUGUCAAUAUUCCGAGUCCUGGGGAAAAACUCAGAUCACCGAUUAUAAAUAGAAAAUGUACUCUUGUUUGGAGUUGUACCGGCAUUCAGUUUUAUAUUAAUUUACAUACCUACCAGUAUAUAUAUGUCAGAGCUCAGGUUGACCGGUGCCGUAUUUUGAUACUAAGUCAAUGUUCUUGUGUACUGUAAACCAUAUUUGUAGGCAUUACUUUGUUGUGUUAUUCAUCUAAGGAAUUUGAAUGAGGGUUAGAGUUCACAAAGUGAACAGAUAUACAUUAAUUUAUGUAUUGUUUGAAAUGUGUCUGUGCUAUGCUCUGCUUGCGAAAUUUACACGAAACGUUAGUGUCUGGUAAAGUAUGGAGAUUUACAGAUCCAUUGUUUUGUGUUGAUCCUGUUGACUUAUAGAUCUUAACCCUUUCACCCCUAUGUAACUUUAGUAGACACUACCAUGCAUUGAUAUGGAUGAGUCCAUUAUGGUCUAGUGUUGAAAGGGUUAAGGUUGUAAUGUCACCUUAAUGACGGGUAGAUUUUUUUUAUGUUUUGUGAACAAAGUUUAAUACAAUUGAAAACAAUUUUUCAAGUUUUUGUUUUAUAGAAAUUUUAUUGUAAAGUUUUGACAAUAUUGUAUAUAUUGAGCAUCAAAAUGAUGACGUAUGAAUUAUAUACGUAACAACGUAGAGAAAAUGUACAAUGACAACUUCUGUGUAACACACCAUAUAUAAAAUGCUGUACAAACCAGUGUUCCACCUCCGGGCAGGACAUAUCAUUAAUAGUUAUUAGAAACAUGUUAAGGGUUGUACUUUCUUAAUAAAUAUAUUGCACAAUGCCAACCUUUAUUUAUUUAAUAUCUAUUUAUAGAUCUCAAAAAAGUAUCAUUUGUACAUUUCUGAGAUCAUUUGAUGAAAUUGUAAAACUAAUGAAGCUGAGGGACAAAAAACUAACUUUCAGAAACAUAAUCCACUGUAAACUUAACAGAAGACCAGAGGGCCUGUAUAGCUCACCUGGAUAUUUCAGCAAUCAUGGCAAAAUUUUGUAAAAUAUAUUUUCCAGUAAAUAUUGGCUCAGCUGUCUCAGCAACACCUUUUCCUUAAUAUUGGGUCCUAUACCCCAUGGUUGGGGAUGGGAUGAUGGUUGGGGGCCUCCUUUAUACAACAUUGAAUCCCCUUGACCUAAGAAUACUCUACAUCAAAUUUGGUUUAGAUCCCUUCUUUCGUAUUGAAGGAGGAAUCUAAGAUUCAAUGCUGAAGAUUAAAUUAAGUCAAACCCUCUUAAUCCACAAAGUAAAAGAGUUUUAAAUAUAUACUUUGCCUAUUCGGCCCCUCCGUCUAUCCCAGGUGGGGUAGUCACACCCACCAUACAUACAAUAUUUAUUCCUGUUUUCCCAAGGAAACUCAAGGCCAAAUUUUGUCAAAUUCCACUCCGCUGUUUUGGACUAGUAGCAUUUUGAAUGAAAAAUUGACAGAGGCGGAUGCGCCACAGCAUAAACUUACCAGUUCUUUGGCCCAGGUGAGCUAUAAUAACACUUUAGUGAAAGGUAACAGCUAAAAUAUUGCACCACA